CGCCAUUUUGCGCACUUCUCCACGUUGACCUUUGCAGCCGGUUUGAAAGAAACGUUGUGGGGUGGGGGGGAAAAAAAAAUAACGCUCGCGCGCAAACGCUGGUGUUUUUUUUCUUUUUAAAGAAAAAACAUCCACGGAGAGGAAAUGUCUCGGGAUCGUUUCAGGAACCGCACGGGAUUCCAGAGGCGCGGCGGCAUGAGCCCUCCGUUCCGCGGCGGUGGCGGCGGCAACCGCAACAAUGUGAAUAUCCCCACCCGCCCGAACGGAGCGGGAAACGUGGCCGAGGCCCUGAAGCAGCAGCCGGCGCCUUCCGCGCAGAGCCAGGCGGCGGGGACGGCAGCGACGGUGACGGCGGCGGCCCCCACGCAGACCCCGCCUCAGAAGUCGCCGGCGCAGGCCUCGCAGAAGCCUCAGGAGCCCGACAAGAAGAACGGCGACGCGGCGCCCGCCCAGCCCCCAGCGGUGGCGGCGGCCGGGGCUAGAGGCGGGGGCGGCGGCGAGGGCAAGCCGUCCUACCAAGGGACCGACAACCAGAACCGCCAGCCCCGCGACACCAAGCCGACCGAGGGCGAAAUGCGGCAGGCGCAGGAGGUGCUGCGGGCCCAGCUCUCGCUGCUCCGCAAGCCCGGCGAGAAGACCUACACCCAGCGCUGCCGCCUUUUCGUGGGCAACCUGCCCGGCGACAUCACCGAGGACGACUUCAAGAGGCUCUUCCAGAAAUAUGGCGAACCCGGCGAGGUUUUCAUCAACAAAGGCAAAGGCUUCGGCUUCAUCCGCCUGGAAAGUAGAACUUUGGCUGAAAUAGCCAAAGCCGAACUUGAUGAUACGCCUAUGAGAGGCCGACCACUUCGUAUCCGUUUUGCCACACAUUCUGCUGCACUGACUGUCCGCAAUCUCUCUCCUUAUGUCUCAAAUGAAUUGCUGGAGGAAGCUUUCUCCCAAUUUGGUCAAGUGGAGAGAGCUAUUGUAAUCGUAGAUGAUCGUGGCAGAUCAACAGGCAAAGGAAUAGUUGAAUUUGCUACAAAACCGGCUGCGCGGAAGGCACUUGACCGAUGCAGUGAUGGAGUGUUCCUCUUAACAGCAUCUCCUCGUCCUGUAAUUGUGGAACCAAUGGAACAGUAUGAUGAUGAAGAUGGCCUUCCAGAAAAGCUUGCCCAAAGGAACCCAAUGUAUCAGAAUUGUGCCUCCUUUGCUUUCAGAGAGAGAGAGCAUCCUCCUCGUUUUGCUCAGCAUGGAACAUUUGAGUUUGAAUAUUCCCAGAGAUGGAAGUCACUUGAUGAAAUGGAAAAACAACAGAGAGAACAAGUAGAAAAGAACAUGAGAGAGGCCAGGGAUAAGUUGGAAAAUGAGAUGGAAGAUGCAUACCAUGAACAUCAGGCAAUGUUGUUGAGGCAGGAUCUUAUGCGACGCCAAGAAGAGCUGAGGCGCAUGGAGGAGCUCCACAGCCAAGAAGUUCAAAAGCGUAAACAGCUUGAAUUGAGGCAAGAGGAAGAGCGUCGCAGACGAGAGGAGGAAAUGUUGAUACGACAAAGGGAAAAAGAGGAGAUGAUAAGGCGCCAGAGGGAGGAGAACUUCCGCAUGGGUUACAUGGAUCCUAGAGAGCGUGAAAUGCGUAUGGCUGCAGGAAUGGCAGAACAAUAUACUGCUGCAAACCAAAGCUUCCCACCAAUGGCAGCAAUGGCCUAUGAAGGUCACAGUACAUUGAGUAGUCCUGGAGGACCCAGUGCGAUGCCUGGACAGAUGAUGAGCGCCAGUGCAAACACCGGUGACAUGGCAGGGCGUAAUGACCGCUUUGGACAGGGGACACCAGGUCCAAUGAAUGCUCAGCCCCCACGUCCUAUGGGGCCUACUGGUCCCAAUUUUAAUAGAGCGAGAGAAGAAUAUGAAACAGCUAACAAGAAGCCUAGAUACUAAAAUUUAUAGCUCUCCUUUAGUGUGCAUUCCAGAUAGUCUCCUUUAGAUGGAAACUCUUCAUAAAUGCGUUUUUUUUUAGUUGGUGGCGAAGUUGCAUUUUAUGCCUAUUCAGAUUUGUGUAUUGACUAAACUUUGUAAACUGUAACAAUUCACGCUGGCACAUUGUGAAUGUUGAAUUAUGUCAAGCAAGUGAUAGUGCAAAUAGGCAUCUUUUCCCAGUACUUCAAAUGUACACUGAAGUGCCAUUAAACCUCUAGAAAGUAUGCUCCAUGUAUCUUUUGAGUCAUUGUAGAAGCAUGUUAAAUUGUGUAGGCUAAAUGCUUGUUUUGAAAUGGUGGAUUCUGUAUUUUGGUCGUCUUUUUAAAUUAAAACUCAUUCGUAGUGCUAA